CAACAGUCUUCAUAAGAAGAAAUUUAUAUAUGAAAGCCGGUUACCCGCCGUGAAAUCAAGAACUCCCACAGUUCCGAUGGCCUGGACGGAGAUGGAGGUGAUAUACACCCUACUGGGAGUGUGCGUUUCGGUGGGUUUGUUGGCGUACGCAUGGGGAGUGUUGGAUUUGGUGUGGUUUAAGCCGAAGAAGCUGGAGAAGUGGCUUAAACAGCAAGGCCUCAAAGGGAACCCCUACAGAAUCCUCUCCGGCGACACGAAAGAGUUCGCAAAGAUGACGAGUGACGCCAUUUCCAAGCCCAUGGCUCUGUCGGAUAACGUAGCGCCGAGAGUCAACCCGUAUUUUGUUCACCUCGCCGGCAAAUAUGGUAAAAACUGUUAUGCAUGGAUGGGUCCUAUACCUAUGGUGUUCCUCAGGGAUCCUGAGCUAAUCAAGGAGGUUUUGAACAAAUCUGAUUUGUUUCAGAAACCUAAGAACAGUCCACUGGGGAGGAAGUUGGUACGGGGACUUGUGAGCUAUGAGAAAGAGCAGUGGGCAAAACACAGAAGACUAAUCAAUCCUGCCUUCUAUUCAGAGAAGCUAAAGCUUAUGCAACCUGCGUUCUUGCUAAGCUGCUCUGAAAUGCUGAGCAAGUGGGAAGGGAUUGUGUAUGGAAAAGGAACAUCAUCUUGUGAGGUGGAUGUGUGGCCUGACCUUCAAGGCCUAACCUGUGAUGUGAUUUCUCGAACAGCGUUUGGGAGCAGCUAUGAAGAAGGAAAGAGGAUCUUUGAGCUUCUGAAAGAACAGGCCAUGCACUUCAUGGAAGCUGUGAGUCAAGUUUAUAUACCUGGAUGGAGAUUUGUGCCAACUAAGAGGAACAGAAGAAUGAGCGGCAUUGAGAACGAAGUGACAUCAACUAUCCAGGUUAUUAUAGACAAGAGAAUUAACGCGACGCAGGCUGGGGAGGCAAACACCAGACAUGAUUUAUUGGGCAUAUUACUGGAAUCCAACUUCCAAGAAAUCAGACAGCAAGGGAACAAGGAAUGUGGAAUGAGUAUUGAACAGAUUAUGGACGAGUGCGUGUUGUUCUAUUUUGCAGGGCAGGAGACUACUUCUGCGAUGCUGGUGUGGACUAUGAUUCUACUCAGCAGAUUUCAAGAUUGGCAAGCUCGAGCUAGGGAAGAGGUGUUGCAGGUUUUCGGGGAUAAGAAACCAGACUUUGAAGGCUUGAAUAACCUUAAAGUUGUGACAAUGAUUUUAUACGAGUCUUUAAGGCUAUACCCGCCAGUAUCUGGACUAGCUAGGAAGACCAUAGAGGAAACGAAACUAGGAGAAAUAGUUCUACCACAAGGGACAAUGCUGAUGUUGCCUACACUCUUGAUGCAUGUUGACACCGAGAUAUGGGGCGAUGAUGCUAAAGAGUUCAAGCCAGAGAGGUUCCAGGAAGGCAUAAUGAAGGCAACAAAUGGCAAACAAGUAUUUUUCCCAUUUGGCGGGGGACCUCGAAUAUGCGUUGCUCAAAACUUUGCUUUGGUAGAAGGUAAAAUGGCAUUGGCUAUGAUUCUUCAACGCUUCUCGUUCGAGCUUUCUCCUUCUUACGCACACGCUCCAUAUUCAAGGGUGACCACUCAACCUCAGUAUGGUGCUCCUCUAAUUAUGCACAAGCUUUAAUAUAAUAUGCUUCUUCCCAGUUCUCAGAAUCCACCAAUAUGUAGGCUUGAACCAAAUUUCUAUAUGUUCUGUACUAUGGAAACUUAGUUUACUGCAGACUGAAUCUACCCUUUUAUAUGUAUACACAAAUAAAUAUAUAAUAUGCUUUGGACAGGCAUGAUUUAAUGUGAGAAUUCAUUCCAGUUUA